AUAAACGCGUUUCCCCAGUCUGCGCUCGCUGCGAGGGACGCCGGGCUGUAAUAGGUGUGCGGAGGGCCAGAGGGGCAGUCGGGGGAGCAGCAAAGAAGCCUAGGCGGCCGAGAGUCCCGCGCGACGCCCCCUCACUCAGUCUAAGGGCAGUCUGGGGUUCGGCGCAGAGAGAACUAGGGUCGGGCUUUUCUUCGAAAGCCGCUGCCCUGCUCUUGGCUUCCGAGGACAAAGAGCACUGAGAACGGGCACGCUGGGGGCGCUAGGGCCGGCCAUGGUCAUGGAAGUGGGCUCCCUGGACGCCGGAGGCCUGCGGACGCUGCUUCGGGAGCGCGCGGCGCAGUGCCUGCUGCUGGACUGCCGCUCCUUCUUCGCUUUCAAUGCCGGCCACAUCGCCGGCUCGGUCAACGUGCGCUUCAGCACCAUCGUGCGGCGCCGGGCCAAGGGCGCCAUGGGCCUGGAGCACAUCGUGCCCAACGCCGAGCUGCGCGGCCGUCUGCUGGCCGGCGCCUACCACGCCGUGGUGCUGCUGGACGAGCGCAGCGCCGCCCUGGACGGCGCCAAGCGCGACAGCACCCUGGCCCUGGCCGCCGGCGCGCUCCGCCGCGAGGCGCGCGCCGCGCAAGUCUUCUUCCUCAAAGGAGGAUAUGAAGCUUUUUCAGCUUCCUGCCCAGAGCUGUGCAGCAAACAGUCGACCCCCAUGGGGCUCAGCCUUCCUCUGACUACUAGCGUCCCUGACAGCACCGAAUCAGGGUGCAGUUCUUGCAGCACCCCACUCUAUGAUCAGGGUGGCCCAGUGGAGAUCCUGCCCUUUCUGUACCUGGGCAGUGCCUAUCAUGCUUCCCGCAAAGACAUGCUGGACGCCUUGGGCAUCACUGCCUUGAUCAAUGUCUCAGCCAAUUGUCCCAACCAUUUUGAGGGUCACUACCAGUAUAAGAGCAUCCCUGUGGAAGACAACCACAAGGCGGACAUCAGCUCCUGGUUCAACGAGGCCAUUGACUUCAUAGACUCCAUCAAGAAUGCUGGAGGAAGGGUGUUUGUCCACUGCCAGGCAGGCAUUUCCCGGUCAGCUACCAUCUGUCUCGCUUACCUCAUGAGGACUAACCGAGUCAAGCUGGAUGAGGCCUUUGAGUUUGUGAAGCAGAGGAGAAGCAUCAUUUCCCCCAACUUCAGUUUCAUGGGCCAGCUGCUGCAGUUUGAGUCGCAGGUCCUGGCCCCACACUGCUCAGCAGAGGCUGGGAGCCCUGCCAUGGCUGUGUUGGACCGCAGCACGUCCACCACCACGGUCUUCAACUUUCCUGUCUCCAUCCCCGUCCACUCUACGAACAGUGCAUUGAGCUACCUUCAGAGCCCCAUUACGACCUCUCCCAGCUGCUGAAAGGCCACGGGAGGUGAUCUCCACAACCCACUGGGACUCUAGGCUCCUUGAGGAGAAAUGCAAUAACUCUGGGGAGGGUGCUUGUGAGGGCUGGUCCUUAUUUAUUUAAUUUCACCCUGAGCUCCAAUGGGUUCCUAAGCAGUCAUAGUGAUGAUGUAGCAUCAAGAUGUUUGCUGAACUCAGCACAUUCGGGACCAAUAUAUAUAUAUAUAGAGAGAGAGAGAGAGAGAGUGGGUACAUCAAGUCCCUCUGACAAAAAGGGGCAGAAGAGAAAGGACUCUGUUUAUGAGCCAGUUUCUUUUUGCUUGCUCCUGUUUUUUGUAGGAACUCUUCAUGCUUGACAUACCUACCAGUAUUAUCAUUCCUGACGACACAUACCUAUGAGAAUAUAUACCUUAUUUAUUUUGUGGAGGUGGUCUGCCUUCACAAAUGUCAGUGUCUACUCCUAGAAGAACCAAAUACCUCAAUUUUUGUGUUUGAGUACUGUAAUAUCCUGUAAAUAUAUCCUAAGCAGGUUUGUGUUCAGCACUGAUGGGAAGCACCAGUGUUGGGUUUUUUUAGUUGCCAGUGGUUGUGUGUUUGAUUAUUUAUGAACUGAAAUAAUAUAUUUCUUCUUUUAAGAAGACAUUUUGUUACGUAAGGAUGACUUUUUUUAUACAACAGAAUAAAUUAUGGCAUUUCUAUUGAAA